AUUCGCUUAUCAUGAAUAUUUCAUAAUUUACGCUAUAAAUAUAAUCUGAUCAUCUCGAGGGAUUGUAUCGGCACGAUCCGAGUUUUUUCUACACUGCCAAGAUCCAGGUAUCUUCAACUGUUUUCGCAGCGAUUCAUAACUGCAGAAUAGUACGGACGGAUUCAUUCAUGAAUAGCAUAGGCGAGGCAUGCAACGAUCUGAAGCGACAAUACGACGUCUGCUUUCACACGUGGUUCUCCGAGAAAUUUUUGAAAGGUGAUACGAGUGACAGCACAUGCUCGCAUUUAUUCAAAAUGUAUCAGCAGUGUGUCAAGAAAGCCAUGAAGGAGCAUCAUAUUGAAUUAAAAGAGAUGGAGACAAAUUAUUUGGAAACCGAGAAAGAGAAAAAGCCGUACAGUUGACGAAAAGACGUUUGCACAUUCAUAUAUAUAUAUAUAUUUCGGUCCUACAUAGAUUUCUUACGGGUCAUUGGCAAUGCAAACAGUGCAACUUUGUCAUUCCUAUUUUUUUUAUUACGAAAUAAUUAUUAACAAAGGUUAAUUGAUCUUAUCUUAAUCAAUAGUUUAUGUUAUUAACUAAUCACUGUAAUGCUGCCGAAUAUUCUACACACUUGUAACAUUAACAUUGAAAUGUUAUACUAAGAGAGAAACUAUGUAUGUACAUAUUUAUAUCUGUGUACUGUGUAAUAAUGUAUAUAUAUGUAUGUCAUGCUUAACAGCAAAUUUAAUUAGUUGCACAAUUUUAGCAACUUUUGUAAUUUCGAUUUUUUUUUAAAGAAUCAAAUUUUAUAGAGACAAAACUAAACAGAAGAAUAACAUCAAUUGUUGUAAAUUAAAUAGUCACUGUGCAACAUGGAAAUAAAUAAUUUAUAAAU